UUGGUACUAAAAUUUUGCGAAGUUUAUUUUACUCAACUAAAUAAAAAAAUAUUUGAUGUGGUCUUAAAUCGUCGUCAUGUUAUAGUGUCUGAAUUGGACAUAUUCGCUGAAGCGGGUGACGGCACUGCCCAUCUUGAAUACGUCUUUUUUACAGUUAUCUUGGAUAAAUCUAAGUACAAGGAGGAAGUGUCUAAUAACUUGGUACGUUUCGAUUUCAUGAAGGGUCCUUACGACAAUCCGAAAAUGAAUGCUUCCAUAUUAUUGAAAAGAGACGUUCAACGUAUACCAUGGCUAAAGUCUUUACAUAAAGACACUUUCUAUCGGGAUAUAGACGACAGUGCUUCCAUUAGAGGCGCGAAUAAAAAGAAGAUCCUUAAUGGCCAACAUAGAAAAUUAGUUUCCAAUGGAGAAGAUACCGAAACGGAUGAGUAUCCAGAGAAAUUACCAACACUGGAUAAUGCAGAAAAUAUUAACGAUGAAUUCCAUGAAUUACUUUCGAAAACAGAAAGCCCUCGUAACCCAAGCGGUCCGCGACAAACGGGCCCAUAUUCGAUGGACGAUUCUACAUUACUUUUACCAGUAUUUAUAGCUAUUGGAGCAUUUAUUCCGUUAUUGUUUUGUUUGUGUAAACUUUAAUUUAAGGAAACGUUGAAUUCCUAGUAACAAAUUGCUGCGCUCACU